AGUCGUAGAAUCAUCUCGAAGACCCUCAACUCACUACUCUCAGCUCAACGAGACGGCUUUCCUCGACUGACUGAGACUCUCACUCAGCCCGAGGAUCACCUCUACUUCUAUGCUCAGUCAAACCACUUUACUUUUCCUACAAUCGACCUCUUCAACACUUCCAUCUCUUUCACAACCCCUUCCAACACUUCUAUCUCUUUCACAACCCCUCCCAACAAUUUCCUCUCUACCACACGCCCUAUCACUUUCCACGCACCCUGGCUAUGCGAUCACCAACAACAGAUUCUAAAGUCGACACAACUGGCAGUAGCAGCCCGAUGCCUCAUUGUCAACUUCGCAGCAUCGACCCUGGCAAGCCACACCAUCAGUUCACUCACAAACCUUCUGCACUUGCCUUCUUCUCAACUUCGAACCACAACCACUCGAACAUCUCUUACAUCACCACGAACCCUACCUCUAUCACUCCCAGCCCUUUCACAAACAACCAAUCGUUCACACCAGGCAAAAACUUCGCUUCUUACAGCGACAUGGCGUCUCAACCUCCUGGGAACAACUACUUUGAGUCCCUCACUCAAGCUCAGCGACAAAGAGAACUUACCUACUGCUACGGAACAGGACAAGCUCCCUUCGCAACUCUCACUGCACAAUCAAACAUGGCAGAUCAAUAUCCGACCAACCCACUUGGGGACCAGUUGCAUGAAACUGGAGGUAUGGCUCAGCAACCACUGGCAACAUCAAUGUAUGCAGUUGGUCAUCACAACCAGAUGUCGGUCAACCCACGAAACACUGAAGUCGCUACGAGAAGUCAACUCGAAAGCCGCGUCGCCAAUCUCGAACAACAGAGAUUUCAAGAAGACUUGAAUGCUCAAUUCAGAGAUAUGCAAGUUUCUCAGUCGCUGCAAUAUCUUCAGUACGAGUUACUGCAGAUGAAGCGAGCCUUUGAGCGCCACAUCCCUGAACUUCGCCGCGAUCUCUGUGUUCUCGGAGCCAAGCAUGAAAUCGAGCAGAAUAUUGAAGCAACAAGAAAUGUUCACAUUGAGCCGCGUACCCAAGAGCAGAAGCUUGAGUCAGCGAUGCGCAAUGCCAACUUGAUUCGUAUUUCUGCUGCUGUGUCUCUACCAGGCAAGCUCACUGUUGAGCAAGCCUCUAUUCGUGGAGCAGAACAGAUGGAGUCGUUGGCGAAGACGCUUCGCUCCAGAGUUCACCGCGGCGGUGCAGCUUAUGUGCUUGAGGCCGAGGACGCAGAAGUGUGGGCGGCCAAGUUGAGAGGGGAUGCGACUCCCACUGAGAAUUCGACUUCGCAGCCACAAGGCAAGAAAGAUCUGUCUUCGGGAAAUAUGCCUGUGGCGCACGAUCUUGAUGACAGCUGGGGCGAGGUCCGCGUACCUUCUCCGAGCGACGAAGCUGAGGCGUUCAAGAAUGCCAGCGACAGCGAAGCAGCUAGGGAUGAUUCAAAUCAACUCGUCGAAGCCGAUCAUGGAGUGGAGAUCUCUCUCGAGGUAGUUACAGACUACCGAAGCAUAAUAGCCGUGUCCAUGAUUUCGAGAAGUUCUUCGUCAGUGAUGAUCAGAGCAUCGUUUCUUUCAGAUUCCGACUCUCCCUCCACCACAACCGACAAAAGAGCUCCUGCUCAUGGGUCCCCCAUCAGAAUUACUAGUCCUGGGCCUCGCCGCAGACACGCCUCCGCACGUAGCGGCAGAUCGAAGACUCCUUCAUCCGCAGUGUCGGUCAAGCUUGAAGAGACGGCCGCCAGUGACUAUAGCUCUCCCAAAUCUUCUGGCAGAUCAGACACACGUCUGUCGAUGUCUAGAGGACGCAAGCUUGCACCUCAUCAGAAGUAUGGCACUCACAAAGCCGGAGCUACACAGAUCAUGGCUCUCGAGCCAGGUUUCUCUGCCAAAGUGGAAGCGUCUCUCAGCCGCACUGACAGCACUCGUGCAGUUGCAGAAGAAGUUACGGAGGCACAAGUGCCAGCCAACAGAGUAAGAAAGCUUACACCUCAUCAAAGACUCACUCCUCAGCAAGCUGAAACAUCCGAGACUCCAGCCAAAAAGGAGACAACAAUCGACAUGGCUACCAGCACUUACGAAAUUGCUGAAAGUGCAGAGGCACAAGUACCAGUCAUCAUAGAAAGGGGGCGUGCUCCUCACCAAAGACACGCUGUUCAGCAGGCCGAAAGCUUAAAGACUCGAUCUCCUACGAUCAAGACUCCGGCUGAGAGCGAGAAAUCAACCAUCAGCGCCGUCAACACUCACGAGGUUGCUCAAGCUACAGAGGCACAAGUGCCAACCACCAGAGCCAAGAAACUACCACCCCAUCGUAAACACAUUACACGACAAGUCGAAGCUCCCAAAUUACCAAGAGCCGAGCUUAAGAAAACUGAUGAGGAGAAGGCGUCUUCCUCUGAGACAGUAGGACCGGAGUCUAGCUCAUUUGAGAGAUUUGGAUCGAGAAAGAUGAAGGAGCAUAUGGACCGCAGGGCGGCCGAAGCUAAGAUUAUACAGAUCGCUCUUCGUGAUGAGCAGGUCGUAAAUCAAGAACUGCAGGAGUCAAUCUCUCCUCUGGACAUUGCCACUCAGGUUGACGGGAAGGAUGCCGCUGCAGACCAAACUUGGCAACCUGCCUACCUCAACGAGCUUUCUUCACUGUCUGCCGAAGAACUUGAAGGCAUCCCAUCAGUCGAGAAGAUGCAUCACUUCGAUCGCUCAUUCAUCCUCAACCACCUCGGCGGAUCAAGAUGGCUACCGUCUUUCUAUAGCAUCCCUGAAGAUGAAAUCACCCUUCUCCCAGGCCGUGGCUUCUAUCUCCUCGAAGACUCUACAGAGCCCCUUGCACCUGCCACUCCCGGCUCCCACGGUAGUCUCCUCACACCAGUCCUCCGCCUCCCAGACGCCGAUAACCCAGACGCUCCAAACCCAUCAACCAUGGAGAACGCCCCUCUAUUCCUAAGGCAAGGAGACGGCUACAUCUACUACGGCAUGUACACCUACCUCCGCGCCGACCGCCUCGACAUCGAACGCUGCAACCUCACAAUCCCUGCAUCCGUAAAAUCCUUCUGGGCCGACCAACUAACAACCUCCCAACGACCAAAAUGGGUAACCGAAGCCCUACAGAAACAUCUCCUACCUCAACCCCUCUACACAGGCCCCCUCCCCCACAACGCAGACGACGAUAAAAUCUCCCUCGCCCUCUCCACUCAUCUCUCCGCCAUUACAACAUGGCACAAAGACACUCAUCUGAAAACCUCCUUUUUACGUCCCGAACACAUUCUGGCUGCCUUUGAAGCUUCAGAUAUCGGGGCCGAGAUGCCAGGGAUUAGGUUUUGGGGCUUGGGGUUGAGGUGUGAGGGGUGGGAUGAGGCGUUUUAUAACAUGAUGGUUAGGGAAGAGGGGAUUUGGGAAAAGGAAGGGAAGAGGGAUGGGGAGGGGGAGAGGGGGAGGAAGAGGGAUAUGUUGUGGACGUUGAGGGCGAGGAGUAAGAGGCCUAAGAAGUGGUAAGGGAAGAGACUAUUCUGCCUCUGAGACUUUCAGUUGCUGACAUGACAUUGGGAAGGCAUUGGGGAUGGAGCAUGCUCAUUUGACAAUGAGAUGAUGCGGACGCUGA